AUGUCCCGGAAAGUUCCUCACGCCGCCUUCUGUGAGGACUUCGAUGAAGAUGCUCGCGUCAGUCUCCCUGAAACCCGUCAAGUCGCCCACCACCCUGCCAGACUCCCCAACAAGGCCGAGUUGAGACUGUCUGCCGCCCCUGGAGACGGUUCCAGUGACUCAGGAUACUCCAGCCGGACGGCGGCGACUGUCAACAGCACCCAAUCCGCCCCGUCGGGCCGGAAGAGCCCCCUCUCUCUUAAGCUGGACGCCGCCCUCAGACGCACCGCCGUCGGUGCGAACGUCAACGGUGCCAGCCGUAAAGAUCGUGGCCGCGAGAAAAUCCCCCGCUCGCUGCGCGAGGAAAAAAUGCAGGUCGGCCCCUACCCUGGCGCCGGCCAUUCGGGCCCUCCUGGUGCUGCUGCUGCCCAUCACCGCCAACGCUCGCCCUCCAAGGCAAGGAGACGUGAGCGUGAGAACGCACAGGUGCGGCACUUUCCUGGCCAGUGCUGGGAGUGCGACCAUGGCCUCUACCACUCGUCGACCGCCUCGGUCGACUCCCGCUCCGAUUACCCCCCCGCCGCCUACUACACCAACGCCCUCCAGGAGUAUGGUCACCCGCCGCCCCCGUCCCCCCAGUCGGCCCGGUACCCGCCCUCGGUCAUCCAGGAUGUCCAUGUCUCGCACAGCAGUCGCCCGCCCGCUCGCACCAACCGUUCCAACUCCUACCACACCAACAACCGGCCCGUCAGCUUCCAUGGCGCCAUGAUGCCCGGCGGCAUGCCCAUGCCCUACGGUCUUCCCCCCCCGCCGCCGCCGCCCAUGACCCACAGUCGUCAACACUACGACCAUGGUCCUCCUCUCCCCUUUGCCUCGUCCGCCUAUGCCAACGGACCCUCGUACCCGCCCACCUACCCGCAUCAGCAACAGCUGCAGCAGUUGCCGCCGCCGCCACCACCACCACCACCACCACAGGGCGGUUACUACUCCGCCCAGCAAGAGUACCUACCGCCCGCCCUGCCCGACUCCCGCAAUCGCGACCGAUCUGAAUCCCGCAGCCGCGACCCUCCCCCGCGCCGCCGCAUGUCCGUCUACGACCGCCCCGUCGUCGACUAUGACCCCCCGACCCCGACCGAGUACGACGAGGAGCCGCCGACGGACCGGCGGGCCUUGCGAGAGCCGCCACGCUCGGCACGCAUGCCGCCGCCAGCUCCCAUGUACGACCAACGGGACGAGGACUACUACAGCAUGCCACCGCCGCCCAUGAGGAACAACAAGGCCCAGAUCAUCCAUCAUCAGAAACGGCCCGAGAUGCCGCACAAGUCGCUCACCUCCGCCGGCCCCAUCGCCGCCGACCGUCGGCCCUCGCGUGCCUUUGACAUGUCGGACAUGGAAUCCGCCCUGUCGGAUCACUCCUACCGUCGUAUGUCGCGAGAAGCCAUGCUUCCCGAACGCAGUCACAGCGUGCGCGAGGGCCACCGGUCGACCAUGUACCAUCAGGAAUCCCGCCCGUCUCGGAUUGCCAUCGAGGGUGCCCGUCGGCGCCGUGUGUAUUACAACGACCCGUUCAGCAGCGGCGAGGGCGGUGGGAGCGAUAGUGUUACCGACGAGGUCGAGGAGAAGGAGCGGGAGGCAGAGGCCUACCAGAAAGUGCAUAGCGGUGGCAGUCGUAGUAGCGGUGGCGGCAGCGGGGGGAGCAGCAAAUCUGCCCCCGUCGCGUUGACCGCGGAUGCGCUGCGCACAGCCAAGUCGUCCUCGCGUGCCGACAGUGACAGUGCAAGCCAGAAGAGCCGCUCGAACAGCAGUCGGGGCAGUGACGCGCGGACCCGUGACGGCAGCAACGUCGGCUCGGCCAGCAAGCCCGAGGAGGACAACAACAUCGUCAUGAUGAUGAACGGGGUGACCAUGAGCUUCUCGCAGGAGUCGGCCGCCAACAAACGCAUCAGCGUGCGCACCGGCGAGUCCGGCCAGGUCGAGUUCAACAUCGGCGGCUCCCAGCCGCCGCCCAAGAAGUACCUGCCCCCCGCCCGCUCCGAAUACGCAGGCAGCUCCAGUGGCCGCCGCGACCACGACGAGCCCCGACGGCCCAUGGUCGAUGACCCCCGCCGGCUUCGCGAUGAUCGUCGCUCCGACCGGGUCAGCCGUCGCUCCAGCCGUUCUGUCUACAGCAGCAGCCGGGCCUACAUGGAUUGA